CAGUGCGGUCGCAGCUCCCAGAUACCAGUAGACUGUCUUCGACUUGACGGCGCCGUUUUUGUUCCUCGCCCCUGCGCUUCACGUUAAACUAUCAAAUCGACGAAAAAGCCGCCGUCAUCUCGAACGCAUCUACUGGUCCAUCUGGGUACAAGUUAAAGAAGAUUAAGUUAUAUUUCAAGAGCCGUAAAAUAUUUGAGGCCUUGACGCGGAGCUAAUGAGACUAAAAGCUGAAAUCGACGAAAGUUGAAUAUAAACUCGGGAUGGUUUAUCUGUUCGUUUUCCUGUUGGCCCGUCUGUCUCCAGCAUCUUCAGAUGUGGUACGAGUGAAACCUGGAGAUGAUGUCAUUCUGCCAUGUCGGGCAGAUGAAGCCUCCAUCAGAGCUGUAGAGUGGAGCAUAGCUGACUUGGAGUCAGAGUACGUCCUCUUUAACAGAGAUGGACUCUCAGAUCCAACCCACCAGCAUCCAUGCUUUAAGGACAGGGUUCAGCUGGUGGACAGAGAGCUGAAGGACGGAGACGUGUCUUUAAUUCUGAAGAACGUGAGCAGGAACGACGCUGGAACAUACGAGUGUCGAGUUGCAGCAGGAGGUUCAAGACGUAAGAGAGCCAUCAUUGAGACUGAGCCAAUCAGAAUCAUCCAGCUGGAGGUUUCAGGUGAGUUUGUGGAGGUCAGUGUGUCUGUGUGCCAUGUUGUAGCUGCAGUUUAUUCCAUGUUGAUUCUGAGAGUCAAACAUGAGGAAUAUAGAAGAUAUAGAAGAGUAAAUGGAAGCUGUGGAGGCGGAGAUGAUUUUAUUUGGAAAUAAGGGGUGUGUGGAUGAUGACUGCCUGGGGUUGUAUUCUGGGAAAAAACUGUCUAGCGUGAGGAACCUUGGUGUCAUUUUUGACUCUGAGCUUAAAUUUGACCGGCAAAUCAAUGCUGUCGUUAAUAGUUUCUUCCAUCUUAGAUCGAUAUCUAAAUUGAAAUCUAUCCUUUGUUUUGACGAUAUGGAGAAGGUUGUUCACGUCUUUGCGUCAUCCCGUUUGGAUUAUUGUAAUGUGCUGAAUCUGGGUGUGAGUCAGGCUUCUUUCUCCCGCAUGCAGCUCGUUCAUAACUCAUCUGCCAGACUUUUAACUGAUACUAAGAAGAGAGAUCACAUUACUCCGGUGUUAAUUAAAUUACAUUGGUUACCCAUUCGAUACAGAAUUCAAUACAAAGCGUUGUUGUAUGUUUUUAAGUCUCUGCAUGGCCUAGCACCGGAGUAUGUUACUGAUUUAAUCAGCCGCUGUCAAUCCAGUAGAUCUCUGUGCUCAAAUGAUCAAUUGCUUCUCAUGGUUCCACGAUCCCGUUUAAAAUGUAAAGGUGAUCGGGCUUUCUCUGUUGCUGCUCCUAGGCUCUGGAUUGUUCUUCCUCUGUCUGUAAAAACUUGUCCAUUGAAUACUUUUCAGAGUGCACUUAAAACUUAUUUGUUCUCUUUAGCAUUUUAGCAUUUGAUAAAGCUUUGUAACUUGUGUAUGUUAAAUGUUUACUGUGUUUUUUGUCUCUGUUUUUAUUUUCUCUUUUAUACCUUCUGUACAGCACUCUGGUUCCACUUGUGGUGUUGAAAGUGCUCUAUAAAUAAAGUUGAGCUGAGUUUUCACUUAUUUC